AUGAACGUCUUCCAGAAGCUGGAGAUGCGCAGAUGCGGUGCAACUCCUGCCUUCUCACCUGCCCACCUCAACUGUCUGCGGCUGACACGAAGGUGGUCCUUCCCCAAUUUCGGCAAACAGUUUCAAGGCAGUCGGCAGAUCAGGAAGCUUCUGCUUCUGGGGCCUGACGUUGUCUGCGUGAUGCUACAUUGCGACGCGGAAGUGUGGCAGGUUACCGGGACGGGCACGGACUCGACUCUCCAAUGGCUCAUGGGUCUUCGAGUCUUGGCAAUGGAGAAGAUCGUCAAAGUGCUACACCUCAGAAAGAGCGGCGUUGUUCUGGUCUACUACACUGUGGGUCGGAGGAUGGAUGGUGUAGAUCCAAUCAGCCCCUUUUGCCGUGUUCGUAUCUUGGAGGUUCAAGCAAUGCAAAGAGGUGAACGGCAAGAACGGGAUUGCCAACUGCGGGAGACUGAAAGCAGAGACCUGGUCCACGACACAUGGAACGAUUGUCUGUGGCUGGUGGAAGAGUCUGACAUCUCCUGCUGGGAUGAUGAGACCUUGCAGCCUCGCUUCCGCAUCCAGGAGGAGCCGAACUUGAGAAAGCUGCGAUUUGGUCUUGGUUCUUUCGCCCAAAUUGCCGGCUCUCGCGUCUCUUUCUUCAGCCCAGACAAUGGCAUGGUAGUUGGCAAGGCUGCCCUACCGACAGGCACCAUGCAAAUCGUGGAAGUGCUGCGGGACACGCUGUUGCUAUGCAAACGAGAGCACGCCGUAGCUCUCUUGGUCCAGGAGCAACAGAUUCUAUGCAGCCUGGAUGAAACGCAGGAUUGGAUGCCUGAACGUGUUCGGGGUCUGCCAUUGGUUGACACUUUCCUCGCAGUGUUUCCGAAGAAAGUGCAGAUUUGGCAUUACUUGCACGAUGGAGGUCUGUGUUGGCGCGGCCGAGAAAUUGAUGCUGAUGGCUGCCUCAUCGAUGCCUCCAUCAGCUCGGCGCUGUUUCCCAUCGAAAAACCCUGCCGUGGCGGUUACAGCUGCGACUUGAAUCUCUUGGACUUCUCCUGCGGCCAUGCAGAGCGCAGGGAGAAUCCCAUUUCAAUUCUUCGCAAUUUGUGCCAUCGUCGAGUCAUGGGAGGUGGAGUGUGGCAGGUACGAGCCAAUCUUCAAGCAGGUGUCGUGCUGGUACUUGGGCAAGCGGAUUUGACGUGCUACGCGCCAGUACCCAAGAAGGCUUCCUUUGACGAUGAGAUUCUCAAGGAGAGAUGUCAGAUUCAAGUGGCAGCCUCGGAGGUUUUGUUUGAGUGUGGAUUGGAGGAUACCCACGAAAGCCACAUGGAGAAGCGAGUGCGUCAGGACGGAACUGGUUGCCGAAUGGUUUUUGAAGCUGCCGAAGCUGCCGAAAGUGUCUGCAGUUCCCAAUGGCUGAGUCGCUGGCUGAUUUGGCACUUGGCACUUGGCACUGACAAGGAGUUUUCAAAGACGGCUUUUUUUGCUGUGCUUCCGACAGAGGACUCCGAGCUAUCAGAGGAUGGUCCACACCUGAGGAAUGAUGGAGAUCCUGAGGACAAGGUGAAGACCCCACACACCAGCUAUGCACAAGAUGCCCGAGAACUUUCUGGAAUACCGGAGGUUUCCUUUGAGGAAACCAUGCAGGUAGAAGGUGGCAAGAAGAGCAUCCACAUGCAGCAGGCCAUGUUUCAGAACUCUGCAGACAUGAAGCAGGCUGUUCGCGCUGAGCUAAUGAAAGAAAAGGGUUACGACGUCAAGAACUUCUACAAGCAAAGCGGCUUGUUUCAGAGGAUAGCACGUCAUACGUGGUUUGAUAACAUCACAAUCUGUGUCAUUGGCCUCUACGCUGUUUGGAUGGCUAUCGAUACGGAUCUGAAUCAAGCCGAAGUGAUCACAGAGGCCGAUCCCAUCUUCUUUGUGGCGGAGCAGAUCUUUUGCAGCUUCUUCACGGUGGAGCUGGCAAUUCGCUUCCUUGCUUUCCAGAACAAACUCAAUUGUCUCAGAGACGCCUGGUUUGUCUUUGACCUGCUGCUGGUUGUGAGCAUGAUUCUGGAAACCUGGGUGAUGACACUGGUCUUAUACUUCACUGGAGAAGGAAGUACCAGUGGUUUGCUGGGCAAUGCAUCAAUCUUGCGACUAGCAAGGUUAAUGCGCUUGUCACGUCUCUUCCGGAUGGUCAGAUUAUUGAGGAUGGUGCCAGAGCUUCUCAUUCUGGUGAAGGCCAUUGCUGCUGCCAUGCGAUCUGUGGGCUUCACCCUGCUGUUGCUGGUCAUCGUUCUCUAUGUCUUCGGCAUCGGAUUUACGCAGUUGCUGUCCUCCAUUUUUUUGGACCAAGCCAUAGAUGUAGACAUCGGGGCAUCGGCCGGUGCAGAUUUCGCAGGAAGCGACCUUGGGAGUGACAAGGAUGGUGGGCCUUUCCGAGGUGUUCUCAUCUCCAUGCAGAGUUUAUUUCUUCAUGCCACUCUUUUGGACUCGAUCUCGGAACUGGUCAGCGAUUUCAUUGUCCAAGAGCAGUUCUUGGCACUGGCUUUGCUGUAUGCAUUCCUGAUUCUGUCCGCCAUCACGAUCACCAACAUGCUUAUCGGGGUGAUUUGCGAGGUGAUCACUGCGGUGGCAGCUGCAGAGAAAGAAGCCAUCCAAAUCACUUGGGUCAGGGAGACCUUGAAGCGGAUGAUGGGUGGAAGUGAUGCCAACGAAGACGGCAAGUUGCAGAAGCAGGAGUUUUUUCAAAUCGCGAAGGACAAAGAUGCGGUCAAAGCUUUGAAGGCACUCGGGGUUGACGUCUUGACUCUGAUUGAGUUUGCUGACAUCAUAUUCGAGAACCUUGAGGAGGGGCAGGAUGAUUCGACAUCCGAGCUUUCUUUCUCUGACUUCAUGGAGGUGAUUUUGCAGUUCCGGGGCACGAAUACAGCGACCGUCAAAGAUAUGGUGGACUUGCGGAAGUGGUUUGUUCUUCAGUAUCGACAAAUGCUGAGAGCGGACCUGGAGGAAAUUCUUGUUGGCAAGGUGGGAACUUGGAUGUGA